GACGUCAGGUCCUUCCUAGGACUGGUCCGUUACCUUGACCAAUUUCUGCCACAUCUUGCGGACCACACUCACGUGCUGACGCCUUUGACGACGAAAACAAAUGAGCAAGAUUGGCCUGGAUGGAACGACGAACACCAAGAGGCAUUCAACGCUAUCAAAAGACUCGUCGUCAGCCGUGAAUGUUUGAUAACGAUAGAUCACGAUAACAUCGGAGAGAACAAGAUCUUCGUAACUUGUGACGCGAGUGAC